AUGGACGCGCUGAGGAGGGCGCUGGGGCUGCGGCGCCCAGUGGCCCACAGCGAAAACAAGCUUCUGCUGAAGAAUCUGAACGAGGAAGGCACCCCCCAAGUGACGAAUGUAAAGGCAGAGGAUUACCCCAUCCCGAAAAAGUAUCUCGAAGACCCGGAGAAAAUCCCCAAGUACUAUGUCUUUCAGUCCAACAUGGUCACAGAUGAAGAUUUACAGCCCGGGAUGUUACGGCAGUUAGAAGUUGAUAGAAGAUUAACCCUCCCCACGAGGACUCAUAUUUCCUUUUUGGUCACAGCCACUGACGUUAUUCACUCCUGGUCCAUCCCUAGCCUCGGCAUUAAGGCGGAUGCCAUUCCAGGUCGCCUACAUAAAGUGACAACGUUUAUAUUGAGGGAGGGAGUAUACUAUGGGCAGUGCUCCGAAAUGUGCGGCACUCUCCACGGGUUCAUGCCUAUCGUUGUAGAGGCAGUGUCCCCUGAGGCCUACGCCGCGCACGCGAAGAAGUACUACAGGGAUUAG